CUUGAAAUCCGUGAAGAUAUUUCUCAAUCGACGUGCGCAGAUGUAUAAAAUUCUACAAGCAUUUAGAUGUAGCUAAAUUAAGUAUAAAACUGAUAAAUCGAUUAAUAUUUUAUAAUAUUAACAUUAAACGUAUUCACGCAAUAUAAUAAGACCUUUUUUAAGUCUUGGAUAAGGAGAUACAGAUUCACCGCAGACGAAAUCUACCAAACGAAACAAAAAACCGGAAUCAUGUCGAUGUUAGCGCGCAUGCGCUUCGUAAAUGGUGGGGUAAUUCUUCAGGAGAAAAUAUUCCAUAAUUUUCGUCAAAGAGGAAUAUCUGCUCCUGCUUUGAAAAGAAGCAAAAUGGGAAAACUUACGCAAGAAGAAAGAGACAACAAUUUAAAACCAUUAUUGACUAAUGGUUGGGCUGUUAAAACAAAUAGGGAUGCCAUUUGCAAGGAGUUUUUAUUUAAAAAUUUCAAUCAGGCUUUUGGAUUUAUGACUAGAGUGGCAAUGCAAGCAGAGAAAAUGGAUCACCAUCCAGAAUGGUUUAAUGUUUAUAAUAAAGUGGAAAUCACUCUCUCAUCCCAUGAUGUGAAUGGUCUAUCACAAAGGGAUGUUAAACUUGCAACUUUCAUUGAUAAUGUUGCUAAAUUGGACCAAAACUGAAUCUUAAUUGUUUAAUCAUGAACAUCUGCAAGCUCUUUUAAAAUGUAUUCCUAUGUUUAAACACAUGUUAGAACAUAUGUUACGUAAUGAGUUGUAUUUAUAUUUCAUGUUUUCAAAUAUUGCAAUAUGAGAUUUGAAGAUAUAUAAUUUAUUUUUGUAUACAUUACAAGAUAUUAAAUUAUAGGGUCCUAAAUUAGCCUAAAUAAAGCUGGCAAUGAUAAUUACUAUGA